AUGUCAAGAGAAGAUAGCAAUCACCAGUUUGUGGUCGCCAUUGACUUUGGAACCACCUACUCAGGCUAUGCCUUCUCAACUAGAGGGGACUUCACUGAGGACCCUAUUGAAAAAAUCGUAACCAACGUAUGGCAAGCAGGGGAUUUAUUGUCAGACAAAACACCAACUACUCUCUUGUUGAAGCACAUUGAACCGGACAGUCGCCAAGAGUUUGUAGCGUUUGGAUAUGAAGCAGAAGACAUUUACAGUCGUCUGCCCGAGGAAGAAAAAGAUGGCUACUUCUAUUUCAGACGAUUCAAAAUGGCUCUUUAUGAUGAAGAUAGAACCGUGGCUCUUACAAGAAAUACUAAGAUAAAAGAUAUCAGGAACAAAGAGUUGUUAGCCUUGCAUGUUUUCUCCCAUUCCAUCGAGUUCCUUAAGAAGAACUGUUUUGAUAAAUUUAAGAAGAGGAGCUUACAGAACGAAGUAGAUGUCGAUAAGGAAAUCUUGUGGGUUUUGACCGUUCCGGCCAUCUGGGAUGACGCUGCUAAACAGUUCAUGAGAUUAGCAGCCACUCAGGCUGGGUUACCUGGUGAUAGACUCAUGAUUUGCCUGGAGCCGGAAGCAGCGUCUGUUUACUGUAAAUACCUUCCUCUUGAAAGACUGGAGCAAGACGCAACCUUACACGCACUUCAACCAGGCAGGAGAUUUGUUGUGGUAGAUGCUGGAGGAGGAACCAUAGAUAUGGCUGUCCAAGAAGUAACAGAUGACAAUAAACUACAAGAGAUUGACCAUGUGCAGGGCGGCAACUGGGGCGGAAUUUAUGUUGACAAAGAAUUCGAGAAAGUGAUUGAAGACAUCGUUAGUGAACCAAUUCUGGAGGCCUAUCGCUUAAACCACACUAGUGAUUAUAUAGAACUGUUAAGAUUUUUUGAAAAGAAGAAAAGACAAACGCAAAACAGUACUGUGCGUUUGUCUGUCCCAGCAUCAUUACUAACAUAUGUACAGGACAAUUUGAACAAAACUAUCAGCCAAACUACCGAGAAGUCCGAAGAAAAUAGAGAUAUUAAAUGGAGGCGAGAAAAAAUGCAAAUGCCUCCGUCAAAUUACCAGAGGUUGUUUGAUAAUGUCAUCAUGCAAAUAGCACAACAAGUAGAAAAGAUAAUGAAUUCAGAAUGUAACAGGGGUACCGAUCUUAUUUUAAUGGUCGGUGGUUUCUCUGAAUGCGAUUUGUUACAAAGGAGGAUAAAGGAAAGUUUUCCUCGAUGCAAAGUUGUGACACCAUCCGAAGCAGGUUUAUCUGUUCUGAAAGGGGCUGUUUUGUAUGGACAUGAUCCAACCAUUAUCAAAGGCAGAGCCGCUAAAUACACGUAUGGAGUGGCGAUAAACCGACCUUUUGAUGCCAAAAUCCAUCCAAAGUCCAAGAAAGAACUUAUUCAUGGGAAAUUGUACUGCAAAGAUGUCUUUGACCUGCACGUUAAAAGAGGCAAGAUAAUCAGCAUUCAUCAACCACCAGUUAAAAAGUCGUACGUUCCACUUUAUCCCGAGCAGUCUUCUGCAGCUAUUAGGGUAUAUGCCUCAAAGGGAAGUGUUCCUCAAUAUACAGACGAAGAAAACUGCAAAUAUCUUGGUGUGCUGACUGUCAAUAUGCCAAACGUUGAGAAGGGACUGGAUCGAAAAGUCAGUGCACUGUUAAGAUUUGGAGGUACAGAACUAACCGUGGAAGGAAUAGAUGAAACAUCUGGGGAGAAAGUAGAGUUACAAUUGGACUUCCUUGCUGGAGGACCUUAAAAAUUAUACACAUGUACUGAAAAAGUUAUGUCUUGAUUGAUAUUCUAUAUUAUUUUACAAGAAUUUUUUGCCAUAUUUUCAAUUUAGCAGAGCUUAUUGAAAAUAUUU